CCCAACAUCGCAAGAUGCUGCUCUCCUGGUCCAUCGGCCUCCUCCUGCUGGCCACAGUCAGAGGAAAGGACAUCUGCUACACACCUUUCGGCUGCUUCUCCGACGAGCAGCCGUGGACUGGGACCAUUCAGCGGCCCUUGAAGUUAUUCCCCUGGCCCCCCAAGGACAUCGACGCCCAGUUUCUUCUGUUCACAAAUGAGAAUCCGAACAACUUCCAACGGAUCUCCCCCACGGACCUAGCCACCAUCGAGGCUUCCAACUUCCGACUGGACCGGAAGACGCGCUUCAUCAUCCACGGCUUCAUAGACAAGGGGGAGGAGAGCUGGCUGCUGGACAUGUGCCAGACAAUGUUUAAAGUGGAGGAGGUGAACUGCAUCUGCGUGGAUUGGAGACGUGGGGCCAGGACAAUAUACACCCAAGCCGUGCACAACAUUCGAGUUGUGGGGGCGGAGAUAGCUUUCUUAGUACAAGGACUGUCGACCGAGAUGGGUUACAGCCUCGAGAACGUGCACCUCAUCGGCCACAGCCUGGGCGCGCAUGCAGCAGCGGAGGCGGGCAGGAGGCUGGGAGGCCUCGUGGGCAGGAUCACAGGACUGGACCCAGCAGAGCCAUGCUUCCAGGGCACGCCCGAGGAAGUCCGGCUGGACGCAUCUGACGCCAUGUUUGUAGACGUGAUCCACACAGAUUCUUCGCCCUUCGUCCCUUUCCUAGGUUUGGGAAUGAGCCAAAAGGUGGGCCAUCUGGAUUUCUAUCCAAAUGGAGGAAAGCAAAUGCCUGGAUGUCAGAAAAACAUCCUUUCCACCAUCAUUGAUAUAAAUGGACUAUGGGAAGGAACCCGAGACUUUGCAGCUUGCAAUCACCUGAGAAGCUACAAGUACUACGCAAGCAGCAUCCUCAACCCCAGUGGCUUCCUGGGCUACCCGUGUGCGUCCUACACGGAGUUUGAGGAGAGCAACUGUUUCCCUUGUCCAGUCGGAGGAUGCCCCAAAAUGGGGCACUACGCUGACCAGUUUCAGGGGAAAACCAGAGCUGUGGGACAGACGUUUUUCCUGAACACAGGAGAGAGUGGUAACUUCACUACUUGGAGAUACAAGGUCUCAGUCACACUGGCUGGGAAAAAGAAAGUGAGUGGCUACAUCAGGAUUGCUCUCUACGGAAGUAACGGAAACUCAAAGCAAUAUGAGAUUUUCAAAGGGUCCCUCAAACCGGAUGCCAGCCAUGCACGUGACAUUGAUGUGAACCUCAAUGUUGGAAAAAUCCAGAAGGUGAAGUUCCUCUGGAACAACCACGUGAUAAAUAUCUUCCAGCCCAAACUGGGGGCUUCGCAGGUCACAGUGCAAUGUGGCGAAGACGGGACUGAGUAUCGUUUCUGUAGUGGGGACACCGUGAAAGAAGACGUUUUACAGUCUCUUUACCCUUGUUAACAAUGCCCUCGCCCUGGCUGCUGUGGCGCCAUGGAUUGAGCGCCAUCCUGCGGACCAAAGGGCACAUGCCUGGGCUGUGGAGCCAGGUCCCCAGUAGGGGGCGCAUGAGAGGCAACCACACACUGAUGUUUCUCUUCCUCUCUUUCUCCCUCCCUUCCUCUGUCUAAAAAUAAAUAAGAUCCUUAAAAAAAAAAAAAAGUGGUUUAAAAAAAGUUCAGUGCCCCCUGUAUCUUCAU